AAUAAGAUACACCAGUGAUGCUAACCAGCUGUAUAGCAUGAGCUAGCUUCGCCGGUGCUUUCCGUCAGCUGCUCACCUUGCGUUGUCACAAGAUAGUCUUAACUCGUCUCCAGUUAACUUCAGUGUAAUUUAGUAACCAGCUGCGCAGCUGAAUGCCAGCUACCGCGCUGUCUGUGUUUUAGCAUAGAGUCGAGAUUUCACGCUGCUGAGGCGCUAAAAUGAGAGAAAGGUGAGUAUGUGGCUCCACUGCAAACCUCUGAAAAAGAUAGGGCUGACUUAAAGCGCUCUACUGUGCUGUUAGCUGAAGCUACAUGAGCGAGUGAUAGCCUGUUGGUUAGCAUGCUUGUAAGUUACAGCUAGCUUACGUAAAUACCAGAACUGCUUGGUUUCAGGUCUUGAUUUUACUCUUUUCUGGUACAGUUCCUUGUUUUGGCAGACCAUAGAUAGGAAGCGGUCAGCCUAAACGCCAGUGAACAUUAGCUGCUCAAAGCUAGCCACAGUCCACUCCCAACGUUAGACGUAUGUAUUUGCAUUUUUCCUCACGCUGUCACCAUCUUUGCCCACACGGGUGGGGUCCCUACAUUAUACCUACAAAUGCACUCUUACCAUGUUCCCUCUGUCUUUAUCGUGUACUCAACAUUGUCUCGUUCUCGGUGUUAUCUCUGGUAGUACAGAUAUCUGCCAGCCUCAUACUACAGCUACAUCUGUAUCUGAUCUGCCAGAUGAUUAUGUAAAGUUGAGGUCUUCACUGUAUUAUGAGUUCGUGCCAACGUGAAAUACACCACAUCCGGUGUAGAUGUACUAGAGAGAUGACAAAUAUGCUCUGCUAAAGGAAUUAACGACAGAAGUGGCAAUCUGCACAUGACCGAUGCUUCAGUGGGCCACAGACAGAAACAGUCAGCCAACCUCAAUCAACAGUAGUAUGGUAUUCUUCCACACAACUGUUCAUCGAGACUGGUUUAAGAUUUCUCAGAGUUGGUUGACAUGGGCUUUGAAUAUUUCAGUCCAAUAAAAUAACUGAGUAACUUAUUCAUUCAGCAACUCUUUUAACUCCUGGAGAAUUUUUAAACUUUGAUAAGUAUAAUCAAACGUGUUCAUAUUUAAAAUAUUGUUUCCAAGCCAAUCUGCAACUAGCUAAUGGGAGGCAACUUGCAAACAUUCAUAGAUAUGUGCUUAAAUGUGAGUUAUCCUUUCAUUGAUACAGUCUUUCACUGGUUAAAAUGAUCACAGGCUGAGUUUUUUGCCAAAUGUUUUCAUUUUCUAUAUGGAACUUAAAGGGAUAUUCCGGCAUAAAUUAAGUUAGGGUCAAACACACUGUAACACAGACUUAGACACCCCGUUAAGAGGUGAAUGUUGCCGACCGCUUGCUUCUCUAGUUAUACAAAUUUUAGCAAUGACCGCAGAUUGCAAUACAGAGAGCCACAUGCUCAAGCAAAAAGUCACUCUAUAGCCACAAAUAAUGCUCAGAACAGCACCUAACUUCAUCAACAGUACAUAUAGGGUCCCAGCCAUAGUACUAGCCAUCAAACAUCUUUUAAGCUUUGCCUGAUUUCUUUAGCAAAGAGACUAAACACAACUUACCGUCUCUCUUCCAGCAGCCGCUUGUUUGUAGCGAGACCUCGGGCGAGUCCAUCGACUGCGGCGGGGUGAUGCAGCUCAAGGAAGAACAUUUAUGAUCAAUACUUUAACAUUUCCUUGAAGUAAUAAUCACCAUAUUAAUCAUUUUGCACUGGAGACGCAGUAGUUCUUCUGACUUAGUGUCUCAGUCUGAUUGACUUUCCAUGAGGAAAUUAUUAUAAAUGUUCUUCCUUGAGCUGCAUCAACCCGCCUCAGUCGAUGGACUCAUCCAGAGCUCUCCAUACAAACAAGUGGCUGCUGGAAGAGAGUAGGUGAGUUGUGUUAAGUCUCUUUGCUAAAGAAAUUAGGCAAACCUAAAAAAGAUGUUUGGUGGCUAGUGCUGUGGCUGGGACCCUAUAUGUACUAUUGAUGAAGUUAGGUGUUGUUCUGAGCAUUAUUUGUGGCCAUAGGGUGGCGUUUUGGUUGAGCGCGUGGCUCUCUGUAUUGCUAUCGUGCAGUCAUUACUAAAGUUGGUAUAACGAGAGAAGCAAGCAGUUGGCAACAUUCAUCUCUCGGCGGGGUGUCUAACUCGGUGUUACGCUGUGUUUAACCCUAAAUUAAUUUUACGCCGGAAUAUCCCUUUAAAACUAAAACCAUUAUCUAAAUAUUUAAUGUCUAAUUAUUCAACUGUUUUCCUCUCUUCCUUGUGCUCCUCUGUGGAUCUGUGUGUGUUUUCAGAGUGUGCCCCGUGUGACUCAGCUCUCGUGUAGCCAUGGAGAAGCCCUGGAGGCUGUGGGGGGCAGUGGAGCGUUGCACCCUUACUUUGGCCUCCUGGUCGUGGGGCGCUUGUCGAGUCUCUCUUCUGGCUCUCAUCCUCACCUUCCAUCUGUAUGGGGGAUUCUUGCUCCUGGCUCUGAUCCUGGCCUCUGUGGCGGGUAUCCUCUACAAAUUCCAGGAUGUGCUUCUCUACUUCCCGGAUCAGCCCUCCUCCUCUCGCCUUUAUGUUCCCAUGCCAACAGGAAUCCCACAUGAGAAUGUGUACAUCCGCACUAAGGAUGGUGUGAAGCUCAACCUCAUUCUGCUUCGUUACACAGGAGGGGACACACCUCCUGGAGUCGCCCCUGGAAAUCAAAGCAGCCCCACUUCCUCUUCUCCACCCACCAUCCUUUAUUUCCAUGGUAACGCGGGUAAUAUUGGUCACAGGGUGCCAAAUGCCCUGCUGAUGCUGGUAAAUCUGAAAGCCAACGUGGUGCUGGUGGACUACCGUGGUUAUGGGAAGAGCGAGGGAGAGCCCAGUGAGGACGGGCUGUACCUGGAUGCAGAGGCUACACUGGACUACGUCAUGACCCGCCCUGACCUGGACAAGACAAAAGUGGUACUGUUUGGCCGCUCACUGGGGGGCGCUGUGGCUGUACGUUUGGCAUCAGCCAACCCUCACCGUGUGGCAGCCAUUAUCGUUGAAAACACCUUCCUCAGCAUCCCCCACAUGGCAGCCACACUGUUCUCCUUCUUGCCCAUGCGCUUGCUGCCUCUGUGGUGCUACAGAAAUCAGUUUCUGUCAUACCGGCAGGUAGCUCUGUGUCGCAUGCCCUCGCUGUUUGUGUCCGGCCUGUCGGACCAACUCAUCCCACCAGUAAUGAUGAAACAACUGUAUGAGCUGUCACCUGCGCGGACUAAGCGCUUGGCUAUCUUUCCCGAGGGCACACACAACGACACAUGGCAGUGUCAGGGCUACUUUGCUGCUUUAGAGCAGUUCAUGAAAGACCUGCUGAAGAGCCACGCCCAUGAGGAGAGUGCUCAGCCCACGGCCAGUGUCACCAUCAUCUAAAAAGUACUGUCAAGGACUGACUGCUGAUAUCAGGUGGAGGUGGAGGCUGUUGUGGAAAUUGAUCAAACGGACUCAAACGAGUUUUAGAAAGAAUGUACAUUUUUUACGCUUUUGUCUGGGUUCUUGUUUUAUUUCCCUCUUUUUACCUCUCUGUAAAUUUAAUAUAUUGUUACAAUGAUUUGACUAUUUCAAGAUUUUUAAAGAAGGUGAUUUUACCUUCAAGGGUUCUUUUGUGUUGCAGCUAUGAAUGCAUGUAUCUGUGACCCUUUAUGAAUGAAGCCAGUACAUACAUGCCCACACACUUUGAAGACACAGCACAACCACAAAAGAAUAAGCUCAUAUUGGUCUGCUGAAACAAAACAAGAUCACUGAAAUAUCGGCUUAGAGAACGAUGUCUACUAUAAUUCAGAGAAAUCUGAUAGCUACUUGAAAUAAAGUUACAACUCCUCUGAAAAUGUGGACACUGAUCAUUUGGAAGUCUCUACUGUGUGCGUGUAUAUAAACUUUGUAAUACAGUGCACGUUAUUGUUUGGGUUUACCGAAGUCAGAUUUUUUUUUAAAAUGAAAAACAACUUUGACAGGCGAGUCAUUUUAUCCUCUCUUUGCAUCGAGAGGACUUGCAGCAGCUUAGUAUGUCAUGACAUUGUACUUAUUACUUUUACCCUGACUUUUUAUGGUACAGUAACAUGCUGGAAGAAAAUUUUCAGUUGAGUCAUUUGUUUAGUCAUCAGAAAGGAUGGCUAAGAUGAAGUGGUCAGUUUCAUAAAAGUGGCACGUGGGCGACUUCUGCUUAUCGAAAAGAAGUUCCUGAGAUCUUUUUUUUUUUUCCUGUCAAACUGUGUCUGUUGCAGUCUGAUUGGAUUUAUUCGGCUCAUACUAAACAAGCAGGAGUGUCUUUACUCUUAAACUGGCUCAUGGUGAUACUAAGCAGCUUUGGCUCCUGCGCAAACAUUCUGUCUGUGUGGUUUGCAGUUAAGGGAUGGCUUCAAAUGAUCGAAAGUCUGUCUCAGUCCAAUAUGGUAAUUCAUGCCCCAUAUGUUCACUGAAAGAUGUAUUGCUCGCUUGCAUGAUCCUACUGUCUGUACUGACUUUGUGAAGAUCAGUUUUAAUGUAACUUUCGUCGAGAAAAUUAAACAAAAUACUGGGUUAUGUUUAUAAAAGAAAGAGAAUAUGAAGCUGAGUGGAGUCUUUGGCAUUCAGUACAUUAGCCUUUUUUUCCCUAUUUCUCAACUCAGAUUAAAAAGGAAGUGUUUUGGCAAAUUCUUCGAGGGGUUUUCUGUGGAAAUCAGGGUCUGAUAAACUUCUCAUGUAAUUCCUCGAGUUCCUUUUUCUACGAACACGAGUUUGUAGAUUUUUUAAAAACAUUUUUGGCCUUUAUCUACUCUAACCAUACACGCAAGGGUUCCUCAUAUGCCAGUACAGACUGCAGGAAUGAUCAGUCAUCAACCUCUAAUGUGGUCAGGUCAGUAUUGUGUAAAAAACCAACGGCUUGAGGUCUUACAAUAAGAUGUAAGACUUCUGAUGAAACUAAGUGACUAUGUUUGCAAGUAUCAUCUGCAUAAUUGAGAAUUGGAUGAGUUUUGUUCCUUGUCUUGCCCCAUGUGUAUAUAGCAAAAUGGCUUUACUCACUUGGAGGGCUUUUGAUGAGCUAAUUAACCUUUCCCUCAUGUCUUCCAGAGGGUGGAGUGGAGCCCGAUGACACUGUUGUCUGCUCCUGCUUUCCAAAUGCAGUAUGCUGCACUGCAGUGGUAUCAAAGCCAUUUGAAUACAGUUCUCUUCAGCCAUAUUUCACACUGUUUAAAACACAGCAUGUGAAACAAAGUUCAGCGAAAGUCAAAGACCAAAUUAGUGUGUGUCAAUGUAAAAUAAAAUUGGACUGUGGGCUCGAGGCUAUCAUGAAUGUGAAGUGUGGUCCUUAAUAUGAAUGAAUAUAAAACAAUGUAUAGGUGGUCUUUUUUCCCCCUCAUUUGUGACUUUAAGACAUUUUGUGUAUUAACAAAUCCAUAAACUGCAUUUAAUUUCGUUGUUUUUAGCCAGUAGUAUGUUUAUAGAGCAUGUUGUGCAAUCAGACUUCAACCAUGUGAAUAUACAGUAUACUCCUACAAAUUUUGUUUGACACACCUCUGCUCUUAGUUAGCAUCACGCCAUCUUUUGAUUUUAUGAACAGAUGAACGAACUUGUCCUUCACUUUAUUUUCUUGGUGAGUAUCCUAAUGAGAAAUAAUUCUGAGUGGUACACUGAGGUUUCAUUCUAAACAGAUAUAGCCUAUUGUUUCUGUGCAGCACCCUGUUGGUGAAGGAAACAGCUUCAACUGAAUGUUGAUUUUUUUUUUUUUUUAACAAAGGAAAUAAUUUGCCUGAUAGUGUGCUCAUGCACCAUGGAACAUAUUUUAUAUGUUUGUAUGAUUGUGAAUAAAACGGAGUGAGUGCUGCUGAAAAUACUGACAUAAAUCUGAAUUUCAUUUACUAAGAUUGUAUAUGAUGAUGUUGAGUCCUGGUGAAUUCCUGUAAUGAAUCUGCAGUUGACAUUUUUUGUGAUCACUUCCAUUGACAUACAGAUAAUUCUUACUGAAGAAACUGAUAGGAUGUGUACAGUUUGACAUCUGAAUGAUUCAUCUUUCUCUUUGGUACAAGGCAUUCAGUUUGAGGGUUUUCCAUUUUUAAGUAACGUUUCUUUUCUAUUUCAGAACAAUGUCGAUGACUUCUUUUGUAAGCACACAUUUUCACUUUCUAUUUUCUGUACUGUAACAUGCAAUAAAUUGAUACAUUAAAAUGGCUUAUCUUUAUCGUUUUUCAGCUUUUUUUAAUGUAAGAGUUCAAAUAAAGUCGUGUGUCUUGGCAUAA